UCAUAAAACAUGUUGACAUUCAUAAGCAGACAUUACAUAGUACUAUGUUAGAAAAUACUAACAAACGCUUGUGUACAAAAAUUGAAAAAGCCAGAAACUAAUCAGAAAAGAAAACGAAAAAUAAUGACAAUAGGCGAAAAACAGGAUAGCCUACUACCGUGGCCAAGCCACCUUUUCCUUUUCGUUUUUGAUUCUUUUUUUUUCUUUGUUGCUCGUACAGCAUGGGCUAGUGCCCACUAGCCAACUAGGCCUAGCGUGAUGGUUGUCCACCAGCCCAUACGCACGCCCGAGUGGAUAAGCAGACGACGGGAUGUUUCUAGUUCCCAUCUACUAGCGUCCUCAGUCCAUCUCAAGCGGCGGUUGUCAGCACCACCACCAACAACAACAACAACCUCCGCCACUAGCGACUGCCUCACCGGCGCGAGGUCGAAGGCCCCGGCGCAGCAUCCUCCUCCUCUGAAGACGAUCCUCCAGGAAGGUGUGCCCCGGCGCGACUCCAUUGGAGUGCCCAUUGGCCACCCCGAGAUUCACCGGGCUCCAUUCUCCCGGCGUGCUGCAGCACGGCACGCGGCACUGUGUGCCAGCGGCGAGGCGCCGAUGGGCCGGUGGAGCUGCUCGCCCCGUUGUCGAAGACGUCCCCGAGCGUAGCAGUCCGCGCGGGGAGGUGCAGCCCAAGGCUAGCGCUCGACGAAGAAGCCCCAGCGGCUACCGCCUCGUGAGCUGGCGUCGGAGACGGAAGACGCGGGGAUUCCGGCUGUGCGGGCUCCGCGGGCUCCGCCCCCUCCUGGACCUCGUAGUCCCGGACAUCGUAGUCCUGCGGUGGAGACGGCGACGAAGUCACGCAUGGCCCCCAUCCAUGCACGGGGCAUGGACGCGGUGGUGGAGCCGCAAGUUCCCGCUCAACGCCGACGGCGUCGACAUCCAUUGCUUCAUCCGCGGGCUCCAUUACUUCGUCCGCAUACAGGUUUGGAGCGGCCGGUCCGGCAAGAAUCCAGGCCGGGAGUGGCGCCAUCGCCGGCACGGCCGGUUCAGGCGAAGCACCAGAAGGUCCAGCACCAUUGCGAGCACCAGAUCCUCGGGCACCAUGUCCAAGACAUGGUCCACGAUGAUGGAAACCGUUCCGGUGGCCUCUAAACCGCCGAAGAUCACGAGCAUUGCGGUUGUGGCGGCGAAGUCCGCCAACACCAUGGCGGCGGCGGCUCUAUCGACGUCGACCGACGCCACGAAGAAGGCGCAGGAAGAAGGACAGGAGAUCAUGAGGCAUCCUCUUACCUUCUCCUUUCUUCCCCUCUAGUUAGCUUUUUCCAGCGACAGUCAUCGGCGUGAUUUGCUCUCUCGGCAGAGUCGAAAUGCUGAUAACGUGUAAAGGAACGAAUUGAUCGAA